AUGGCUCAUCGUGGAGCCAUGCACGCCCGCAAUGAUUCCGGAGUAUCAGUAAACUCCUUCAUCAUCCGUGACAAUCCACCUUCUCCUACUCUGACCAACCCGGACAUGAUUGUGCCUAUUCCGCCCUGGGCACGCAGGCCGGCUGUUGGCGACGAUGAUGACCAGGGACCACAUCCUCUACUCGAACCCGAACACGAUACUCUGACCCAGACUUUGUCCAACAGCACGACUUCUACACCACGACAUAGCACAGGAGAGCUUGGAGUCGCAACCGCUGUUCUCAUGCCCAGCCGCCUCACUGCUCCUCUCCCUACCUCAAUACACCCUCACGGCUCGGCGACCCAAGUCGCCAUGUACACAGGUUAUGAACAUGGUGCACCCUUGAGCGAUAUCUACGAGGAGAGUGAAGCCACGGCCACACCUAGGUCUAGCCGGACUGUGCGUAAUCACCAGGAACAACCUCAAAGUCCCACACCGGCAGAAAGAGACAGGUCUACGACACCCACGCGGCCAUCUUUACGACACAAGAAGAGGGUGAGUUCGCUCAGCACGAGCUCCAGCGGCGGAAGCGAUGUAGGGGACUGGGAGAAUUUUGAUUCCAGUAUGGUCUUGUCGAGUCGUGUCGCAGCUGAUCUGGCACAAAUGAAAAGAGACGAUAUGCUUGAGAUUGAACCGCAGGAAGUAACGAGCAGACGACAGAGCAGAGAGGAGGAGGAAUUGGCUGCGCUUAAUGCGCGUGCAGAAAAGAUCCUGGAAAAUGCUCGGAAGAGGUUGACAAACAUGGAGGACAAUCUGAAAGUCGCAAGAAACUCAAUAAUAAUGCCUCAACGGUCUCCCAAUCUAGGUGGAGAGCACCAGCCAGUGGGAGGAUUGUACAGGAGCAUAUCUGCCGCAGGUGCGACAAAGCUGGCAAAGAACAGGCAGAUCGUUCCAAUCAGGACAAGUGCAAGUCUGCAGCAUCUAAGAGGCAACAGCGAGACUGGCAUAUCGAGCACAAACAAGCGUUUCUCAAGGCUCGAAGAGAGGUCAGCGAGCGCACUGGAGUAUGGCAGUCCCAUGCGUUAUAGCCUGUUUCCGGACACCAGCCAGACCACACCCAGUAAAACACAACCAAGUCCAUCAAGCUCAAGAAGUUUUAACUCACCACUGCGCCCACUGCAGGAGGAAGAGAAAGCCAGCCCGAGCACUGCUGAGACAACUCCUGAGAGUAUGAGGGUGCCAACCAUGAGAGGUCUAGGCAUACAUAGAGCCGCCACCGUGAGUAGAGAGCAUCUAGCAACGCCUGUAGAGCAAUCAGCGCCACGGCAGCAACAAACCCCUCCGCAACUUCUUCGCUCCACAAGCUCGGGAAGCACCAAGUCAGCUAAGGAACUGAAGGAGCAGAUGAUCGAUCUCAAAUCACGGAUAGCAGAUUUGAGGUCAAAGGCAAAAGCCGAUCACUUAAGGAGAAGGAGUCUACAAAGUAACAGGAGUCCGAGCCCACUAGCAAAUGCUGAACAGUGGUACGCAGGGUCGCCAGCAUACAAAGAGUCUGGUAGUCCGCUCCACGCCAGUGCUGGUGUAGGCGGGGAGACCCCAGCUUCCCCUGUUGUGCCGCAGGAUGAAGCAGAGCUCUACGACGAACAGAUGGGAGUUGCUCCUGAGACUCCUGCUGAUUCACGUUUCUUGGACAUUGGCAGGAUGACUCCUGAUACUGAAGCUCGCAUGCUUAGCUCAGCAAGGACUGAUAGAAACACACCUUCCCUGGUCCGAAAGAGAUCGGACUUUACCAACGGACACGAAAACAACGACUCGCAGAACGGUGAUUCGCCCAUCAGACAACAUUCAAUAAGCGAAUAUUCGGACGGGCAGGACUAUGCCGAGAACGAAGGGAACAGUACAGGCCAGAUCGCCGAAAACGAAGAGGAACAGAUAUACCUCAAUGAAGUGCUAGAAGAAUCACUUCGCGAAGCAGAAGUCGAGCCAGAGGUUCCUCCUAUCCCUAGUUCCUACUUCGGCAAUGCGGAGGGCGAUGGUACGUUUGAGAAUACAGCAGCUGAAAGACAUGAAGAUCGUCUGGAUGCAUUUGACUACGAGAACAUGUUCCUCCAUAGUGCUAUGGGCACGUAUACCGGCAAGAGCAUAAAUGGUAGCGAUAGCGGAAGCGACGAACAGAGCGACGACGAUCGAAGCGUCGAGACGAGCCGAGCUGGUGCACGUACGCCCGUCGAUGUAUCGAGUGCGGAUGAUGAGCCUGAAAUUAGUGAAGGCCUAAACGAUGUGGAUGAGAACGAGCCUGAAUUUAGGAGAUCAUUGGUUGGAUCUAACUACAUCCCUCAGAGUCAAGUGAGGAGUCCUCUCGGAGUCGAUUUACCUGCGCCACCGAUGCCACGAAUACAUACUAGGAGUAAAAGCAUGGACUCGGUGAGCACGUCGGCGACUUUUGAGACAGCUACAGAAGGGGAAGAGUACGAUGAGACACCAAAUGAGAUAUUCAAUUGGGAUCCUGUCCCGAGCAGUAGCCUAGGCUAUUCUCCAACGUCUCAUGCAGCGUACCGUACUGCUCAAAACACUCCAGCACGCAGUCGAUAUGGUUUCUCAUCUCCACAGGGUGGAGGACGGAGCACGCCUAUAGCAACCAAAUCGCCAAACGGCCGAUCGCCUCUGCGACCACGACAAGGGGAGCACUUUGAGCCAAUUUACGAUCACAAAAAAGCGUCUGCAUCACCAGGGAUCGGGUUGGGUGUCAUGGGAGGCGAAAAUGCUCAAUACAUUAAUGACAAUGGCGUGCCACAACGGUUCCAGGGCAAACAAACACCAUCUCCUGGUCAUUCGCGACAGUCUUCGAUGGCGACUCCGGGGCCAUCGUCCAUGAGACCAGAAUCCCAAGCCACGGUUACGGCAGCUUCGCCAGCAAAGGGACCAGGCCACAAACGCCUCCUUUCAGCAUCUCGAAUCCAUGGCGUACCACCUCUUCUGUCAUCGUCAAACAACAAGGGCAGUCCGAUCCUCGUCACAAUAGCUGCAAGCCCGCAACGUAAAGUUGUGAUUAACCGCAGCUUGCAACAGCCCGAGUCCUAUAUACUUGAACCGCACACUGUAGACUCAUCAACCAUGCCGCCGGAUGGUUCACUUCCUCCCCCGCCUACUAGUUCGACUGUACUGCAAGCACAAAUGGCCAGCCCGGAAAGGAUAGACAGUGGCACAAGCAAGAUCCGACGGUCUCACUCUUUGCCAAAACGUACUGCAGCACAGUAUCAGCAGCAACCACUACCACUACAACAGACACAAGCGCAACCACAGACUACCUGGAACGACACAGCGUCCUCAGCAGCAGCUCAGCCUAUACCGAACGUCGAAAUCUUGAUGGAAAGCCUGAUCAAAUUGGCCGAUCCAUCCUUCACGCUUGCGCCCGGUAUACGAUUCGACGAGGUGGACAAGAACCUUGUGCUAGGACUGCUGGGUGCGGUUGGUGGAGUGUGCAACUCGGUCCUAACAGCCAGCAUUCAGUCAGGCAGUCCAGCCAUGGGCAGGAUCCAGGCUGGAGAGACAGUUGACAAAUUACGAAGACGGCUUGAGGCAGCUGCACAUGUGCUGGAAGGGCGAGAUGAGGGCCGAACCAGCGUGAGUCGUCAAGGAUUGAGGAUUAAGGAGAUUUGA